AUGAUAAUAAAUAAUAGUGUGGGAAUUGGCCAAUUGGGUAGAAGGAGAAGGGUAAAAUCGUCAAUAAAAAGACACAAACACAGCUUUAUUGUCUUUGAGAGGUUUCUCACUGUUUGCGGAAACAAGCAUCGGUUAACAGCUCUUGCGGAACAGUUCAUAAUGGAUCAUCAGGGGCAUAACCAGAAUCCGCCGAUGGGGGUUGUCGGUAGUGGAGGUCAAAUGCCGUAUGGAUCUAAUCCAUAUCAGCCAAACCAAAUGGCUGGGGCACCUGGAUCAGUUGUUACCGGGGGCAUGCAAUCAACUGGUCAACCUGCUGGAGCUCAGAUGGGUCAGCAUCAACUUGCUUAUCAGCAUAUUCAUCAGCAGCAACAGCAGCAACUUCAGCAACAGCUCCAAGCUUUUUGGGCAAACCAGUACCAAGAAAUUGAAAAGGUUACUGAUUUCAAGAACCACAGUCUUCCCCUGGCAAGGAUCAAGAAGAUUAUGAAGGCUGAUGAGGAUGUUAGAAUGAUAUCAGCUGAGGCACCGGUCAUAUUUGCAAGGGCCUGUGAGAUGUUCAUAUUGGAGUUAACCCUGCGUUCAUGGAACCACACUGAAGAGAACAAAAGGAGGACGCUUCAAAAGAAUGAUAUUGCAGCUGCAAUCACAAGGACUGAUAUCUUUGAUUUCCUGGUUGACAUUGUGCCUCGCGAGGACCUGAAAGAUGAAGUGCUUGCAUCAAUCCCGAGAGGAACGAUGCCUGUUGGUGGUCCUGCUGAUGCUCUUAACUACUGCUACAUGCCACCUCAACAUGCCCCCCAAGUUGGAGCUGCUGGUGUCAUAAUGGGUAAGCCUGUGAUGGACCCAAAUAUGUAUGCUCAGCAGCCUCAUCCCUACAUGGCACCACAAAUGUGGCCACAGCCUCCAGACCAGCGACCACCAUCUCCAGAUCACUAG